CAGCUGACGACCGCGCAGAGGUGAACGCAGCGGCGGCGCCGGGGCGGUAGCCCAGGCGUAGGUCGUCCAUUUUGUCCGGUCGUCGUUCCCGUCUCCCCGUUCGACACACAUUUAUCCGUGGCCGUCCGCUUAGCUCCUUUCCGUACGCAAUUUUACGUCGUUCGCAAUCGUCCACACAGUCUGCAAUCAUGUUGAACGCGUUAUCCAGGGCGGCCCUUGGAGCCCUGAAGGCCGGCAAGAGCAACCUGACGCCGAAAAUCGUUCACAAUGAACUGCCAAAAGCCAUGGUCGCCACCACGUCGACCGGUGAGUAUGGCGCCCGCCCGCGGGCGCCAGUAUUGUUUUCUAUCAGGCACCGUCAUAUUUGACCCCGGACCCUUUGAACCCGUUAACUGUUACGGUCUUGUGUCGCCUGUAGUUGCGGCACAACUCUUGUAACUCUGAUGAGGAGCGUUUAAAAAAAACGCCGUGUCUGCCGCUGGGCUGUAAGGUCGGUUUUUAACGGACCCAGCCACUGUGGUUGACCGAUCCUUAAGAAGUGAUCAUCGCCUUACCCGUCCAACUGUCUAACUGGAAAAUUGUUCCGUUUUAAAUGUGUUCGGUUCGUUUUCCAAAUUAUCGGCCGAUACUGUGGUCAUAGUAUCUUUUCGAUAAAAAAUUCGCCGAAUGACCUUUUUUGACCUUGUACUGUUUUAGUUGAAAAAUAUUCCGAGAUAAGGUUAUGGCCCAUUUUUUUUUUUUUUUUUUGGUCUCGUUCUGACGCUUGGAACGAUAAUGGAGCAAUUGGCUUUACUCGAUAUCGUACUAAUUUGACAAUUAUUGGCCUUUACAUAGUAUCACUUACUUGACCUACCCGCUUGCCCUUUUUAAAACUAUUUUCCUAAUCUAAAUUCCUUUUCAACAUAGAAGUGUUGUUUCGUUCUCGUUAUAUUUUCUAAACUGAAUGUCACCAUAAUAAUAAAUAACGGUUAGUGUAUAAUCGAAUAAUGUCUAUAAUUUUAGGGCAAAAUUGACACCUUGUUUAUCUAGUGUGUUUUGUAUUAAAUGUGCCAAUUCACAUUUUUUUUUUUACGUUCUUUUUGGGUAGUACGAGUACAAUGAUUUGAAUUUCGUAGCAUUCAAAUUUUAUGAAACCUUUAAAAUAUUGUGUUAUGUGGUUAUGAAUUAUCAUUGUAUUAUGUCCCAUGACUACUGCUUCUGUAAAGAUGACAAUUACGUAAAUUACCUGCCUGUACUUCAUUUUAUUUUGCUCCGAUCAGUAACUAUAUAAUAUAUAUCGAAACUGGGUCAUUAGUAGACUAUUGGAAUUCACCGCCAGUGUAGGUGUUUGUUAGAUUUAUUGCACAAAUUACGGUGGCUACUUUCAUAAUAACAUGUACUUUGUUACUGUAAAUUAGAUUCGAUUAUAAUAUGGUAUUUAUAUGGUAUUCUUUUAAUUGAAUAAUUAAGAUUAACUAAUUACAACUUGCUACUUAAUCAUUAAUGUAUAUUGUAUUAUUUAUACCAUAUAUAAUAUAUUGAGAAAAAUGUAUUAAGAUUUAAAUGAAUGCUAUAUUAUUUAUUUUAUAGUUUUAAGGUAUGUAAAUAAUAAAUUUGUUUUAUUGAAUUCAGCUAACAACAAAGCUCAAACCAAGCCAGCAGCUGGUACAUCCCAGGGCCGUAUUGUUGCUGUGAUCGGUGCUGUUGUAGAUGUACAGUUUGAUGAAGAAUUACCUCCCAUUCUCAAUGCUCUUGAAGUACAAAACAGGACUCCCCGUCUUGUACUUGAAGUUGCUCAGCAUUUGGGUAAUUAUUUUACUUAAUAUUUAUUUAGAUAUAAAAGUAAUAAUAAACAAUUUAUUAACUCUCACAUAUUUGGAACCAAUACUUUUACUAACUACUAUUACUCUAGGUGAAAACACUGUCAGAACUAUUGCUAUGGAUGGUACCGAAGGUCUUGUCAGAGGACAGGGAGUACUCGACUGUGGAUCCCCCAUCAGAAUUCCAGUCGGAGUUGAAACUUUGGGUCGUAUCAUCAAUGUCAUCGGUAAAUAUAUUGUGUAUUUAUAGUGAAAAAUUAGUUAGUUAAAAUAAUUAUAAUAACAAGUUAAAUACAUUUUGUUUAAGGUGAACCAAUUGACGAGAGGGGUCCCAUUCAAACUGACAAGACUGCCCCCAUUCAUGCCGAAGCCCCUCCUUUCGUUGAAAUGAGUGUUGAACAAGAAAUUUUGGUCACUGGUAUCAAAGUUGUAGACUUACUGGCUCCAUAUGUAAAGGGAGGCAAAAUUGGUAAUUACAACAAAUAACUAUGGAUUAAAAUGAAAUUUUAUGACUACUUGAAUAUUUGUACAUUGCAUGUCUUAUUUACACAGGUUUGUUCGGUGGUGCUGGAGUAGGAAAAACUGUAUUGAUUAUGGAACUGAUCAACAACGUUGCUAAGGCUCACGGAGGUUACUCUGUAUUUGCUGGUGUAGGUGAAAGAACUCGAGAAGGUAACGAUCUGUACCGUGAAAUGAUUGAGUCUGGCGUAAUUUCCCUUACCGACAAGACUUCAAAAGUAAUUUAUUUAAGAACAUCUAUCUUAUAUAUAUUAAACUUAAAUUAAUUACAAUUUUAGGUAGCAUUGGUAUACGGUCAAAUGAAUGAACCCCCCGGCGCCCGUGCUCGUGUUGCUCUCACUGGACUUACUGUCGCUGAAUACUUCAGAGAUCAAGAAGGACAAGAUGUAUUGCUUUUCAUUGACAACAUUUUCCGUUUCACACAAGCCGGUUCUGAAGUGUCUGCCUUGUUGGGUCGUAUCCCAUCAGCUGUAGGUUACCAACCAACUUUGGCCACUGACAUGGGUACUAUGCAAGAAAGAAUUACUACGACCAGCAAAGGUUCCAUUACCUCAGUACAGGUAUGUAUAGUUUAUUGUUAGUAAUUUUAAUAGAUAUAUAUUGUAUAUUAUAAUUGACAAUGUUUAUUCUAGGCUAUCUACGUACCCGCUGAUGAUUUGACUGAUCCUGCCCCAGCCACAACUUUCGCCCAUUUAGACGCCACCACUGUAUUGUCCCGUGCUAUCGCUGAGUUAGGUAUCUACCCGGCUGUAGAUCCAUUGGAUUCCACCUCCCGUAUCAUGGACCCCAACGUCAUCGGUAGUGAACAUUAUGAUGUUGCCCGUGGAGUUCAGAAAAUCUUACAAAACUACAAAUCUCUCCAAGAUAUUAUCGCCAUCUUGGGUAUGGAUGAACUUUCAGAAGAAGACAAAUUGACUGUUGCCAGAGCUAGGAAAAUCCAGAGAUUCUUGUCCCAACCUUUCCAAGUUGCUGAGGUCUUCACAGGACACCCUGGAAAAUUGGUUCCCCUUGAAGAAACAAUCAAAGUAAAUAUUAAAAGUUUUAUAUUUGAAUUUAAUUAUUAACAGUUUGUUGAAUCUGCAAUUUUAUUUACUAUUCAAAUUCAAUUUUUUAGGGAUUCUCGAAAAUUUUAGCUGGUGAAUAUGAUCAUUUGCCUGAAGUUGCAUUCUACAUGGUUGGACCAAUUGAAGAAGUAGUAAUUAAGGCUGAAACCUUAGCCAAAAAUGCAUCAUAAUUUAAGUAAAUGAUACUAAAUCCAUUCGUACUCAUGUUUUCCUUGUAAACAUUUUGUAUUCUUUAAAGUAAAUAUUGUUCGUGUUUCAGCGAAUAAAUUAAGUAGAGUGUUAUGUAAAUACUAUUUGUUAUCCAGCAAACAUCAAAAACCGAAAACUUUAGCGCAACCUCUAUAUAAAAUGGUCACAUUUUAAAAUCAUUUUUUUUUUUUUUUUUUUAUACUGCUAUCAGUUUUUUGUCAUUUAGAUUAUUGUCUGUUGACUGUUACAAUUAUAAAAUCAAUUUUACAGUUUAUGUGUAUAUUGUACUGUUAUUACAAAACAUUUACCUAAUUUGUGUUAAAAUAAUAUUAUUUAAUAUUUUGUUUAAAGACACAAACUAAUUUACCUUGAGGCCAGUAAAAAUGGGACUUAUCAAAAUCAGUUAUGUUUGUUUUCUGAAUUGAAUAAUAAAGUUAGGUAUUUAAAAUGUAUAUUGCACUUAUAAUAAUUGCACUGUAAUAACUUGUAGACUGUAAUCUAUUGAAUUGAGAAGAAAAUAUGAUUUUCAGAAAGAUCUAGUAAAUGUUAUUUACCGAUAAGUUAUAUAAUAAUAUGAUUGACAAUAGAGUUCAAAACUAAAAUUGUGAAGGAUUAUGUUUUUAAACAUUUAUUUUUGAUUCUGAAUGAAGUAAGGCAUAGUUUUACAAUUUACCAUCAAGUUUUUUGAUUUUCCAAGCAGUUUUUCGUAUUGGGAAAA